AUGAGAAGUGUGGUUACAUGGAGCAACCCAGAUGUUGUAACUGUGGUGGAAAUCAUAAGUGUGGCUUAUGGUGGCUGUGAAGUACUGAAAAGGGAAAAAGAAAUACAACAGGUGAGGAUUCAGGGUAAGGUAACGUAUGCAGAGGCUGUGAGGAUAGUAAGUCAGAGAGGAGGAAAUGGAAAAAGAAGCAGUCCAGGUAAACAACUCGAUAAGGAUUCAGAUCAGGCAAAUGAAGAGAAGGUGAUGGUUGACAUUAAGAAACUAGUCACGUUCAUCAGUCCAGCAUCUAGAUAUCAGAGGACUGACAUGGGAGGAGAUGGCUGUUUUCUCACACUGGAUCCAAACACAGCAAACGCUGAACUCAGUCUGUCUGAGGAGAACAGAAAGGUGACAGAUAUGAGAGAGAGACAGUCGUAUCCUCGUCAUCCAGACAGAUUUGAUGAUGUGUGGCAGGUGUUGUGUAGAGAGAGUGUGUGUGGACGCUGUUACUGGGAGAUUGAGUGGAGUGGAGUUGUUGUGUAUAUAUCAGUGUCAUAUAAGAGCAUCAGCAGGAAGGGAUGGGGUGUUGAGAGUGUGUUUGGAUCUAAUGAUCAGUCCUGGUGUUUGUUCUGCUCUUCCUCCAGUUACUCAUUCAGACACAAUGACAUAGAGACUGCUCUCUCUGUGAAGCCCAUCAGCAGCAGGAGAAUAGGAGUGUUUGUGGAUCACAGUGCAGGAACUCUGUCCUUCUACAGCGUCUCUCACACAAUGAGCCUCAUCCACACAGUCCAGACCACAUUCACUCAGCCGCUCUGUGCUGGGGUUUAUGUUUAUAAAUCAUCAGUGAAACUGUGUUGA